AUGCUGCUCGGCUUCAUCAUCAGCGCCAAGAUCCCCGCCAUCGCCGAUCGCGACCUCGAGGUCCACGCCGUCGCCGCCCUGCUGCACGACAUCGGAUGGGACCCGACCGGCGAGCUGGUGUCGGAGGAUAAGCGCUUCGAGGUCGACGGCGCGAAUGCCGCGCGGGACUUCCUGCAUCGCGAGGUCCCGCACUGGGAUAAGCAUCGCCUCUUGCUGAGCUCAGAAGAUGGCGCCGAGUUCCUGGAUUUAGGCGCUGUUAUCCGGGCUUUAGACGACUGGGCCGUCAAGGACAAGUUCUGCUUCUGGACGAAGAAGCGCGACGUUGAUGGAGCCACAGGCAAUUUGGCCGGCUGGCUAGCUGGAAUUAUCACGGAAACUACAGCCAAUUACAUAUCGUAG